UAAAAAUAUAGUAAAUAUUGGACCCAAAACAUGUUUAAGUCCGUAAUAAAGUACUUAGGAGAAAACGUUAUUAUAAUUAAACAUGAUUAAUUAUUUAUCAGCAAACAGCGAUUUCUCUAGUCUUCCAAUUUGGUUUCGUUUUCCCUCUGAAUCCAAUUCAAUUGAAUCCUAAAUCUGGCACAGUAUCAUCAUUCUCCACUGUAUUUCGAUUCCUUCACUUCCCAAGGAAAAUCAAUGGCUAUGCAACCUGUGGAGACCUUCGCCAAAUCGACGGGCUAGGGAUUCUGCCGGAGUUCGGUUCUCGCCGGGAUUUGUGGAGGGAGACAAAAUCGCCGGCAACCAUGGCCACUGACUUGCAGAUGAGCCCUCAGGUGGAGCAGAUCCACGGCGAAAUCCGCGAUAUCUUUCGAGCCCUCGCAAAUGGCUUCCAGAAGCUGGAUAAAAUUAAAGAUUCCAAUAGACAAAGUAAGCAGCUUGAAGAGCUCACAGGGAAGAUGCGGGAGUGUAAAAGGUUAAUUAAAGAGUUUGAUCAUGAAAUUAAAGAUGAAGAGGGCAGAAAUCCCCCAGAAGUGAACAAGCAACUCAAUGAUGAAAAACAAUCAAUGAUCAAGGAACUAAACUCGUAUGUGGCAUUAAGAAAAACGUACAUGAAUACACUUGGUAAUAAGAAAGUUGAACUUUUUGACAUGGGAGCAGGAGCAAGUGAAUCUAUAGCUGAAGAAAAUGUUCAAUUGGCAUCAGAAAUGUCAAAUCAAGAACUUAUCAAUACUGGGAUGAAGACAAUGGAUGAAACUGAUCAGGCUAUUGAAAGAUCUAAGCAGGUUGUACAUCAAACAGUUGAAGUGGGCACCCAAACUGCCACUACCUUGAAGGGCCAAACUGAACAGAUGGGCCGUAUUGUUAAUGAGCUUGAUUCAAUUCAGUUUUCAAUUAAGAAGGCUUCCCAGCUUGUGAAGGAGAUUGGUAGACAGGUAGCUACUGAUAAGUGCAUCAUGCUGCUUCUGUUGCUUAUCGUCUGUGGAGUAAUUGCCAUUAUUGUUGUGAAGAUUGUGAAUCCCAACAACAAAGAUAUUAGGGAUAUCCCAGGAUUGGCGCCACCAGCUCCUACCAGGAGGCUUUUGUAUGUGAGGCCUGGGGAACAUUUUGGAUAAUUCUUAUCUUAGAAGAGUUUGUCCAUUCUAAUCCUACCAACCUGAUUCUUGGAUCGCCUGGAUGAUGGGAAAGUCGGAGGAAUGUUAUAUAUCUUUUGAAUCUCUUCAAUCAAUUUUAAAUUUAAAAUAUUUCCUGCCUGAGGUGUCAAUAUCCUGCAUGUGAGGUAUAUACACGAGUGUUUUUUGCUUGUUUUGAAUGCCAUGUUUCUUUAUGUUUAGGGUUUAGGGUUAGGAAGUAAAUAAUACUGCAGAGAUCAAUGUUGUAUAUGGCCCAUUCAAAGGAGAUAUAUACUUUUUUGUUUUUAAUUUCCGCUUUUAUUUAAGUAACCUACUCAUAUAUUUCCAUCAGUCUCGGACGGAUUGAUAUUGUAAAUUAUAUUUAUAAUUAUACUAAAUUGCACUUGCAGCUG